CUCUGCCUCUGGGCCUCUCUACCUUCCCACAGCCAUCUCAGUCUCUGUCCUCAGUGCUGCCACCACUCCAGUCUUGUUUUCUACUCUCCUUCAGCCUUACAGCUGUGCCUGUCGCACUGGGCGGAGUUCUUCACAUAGUAAAUAACAACUUAUUGCCCACACGUGUGUAGUGAGCUAGCCGACCAGGGCCAGGUGAGAAUCCUGGCCACAGGAACCUUCACUUUAUCUACAACUAGGCUGUGAGUUCUUCCUCAAAGGAAAGAGGUGGCGCAUUCCAAGCGUGUAGGCUGAAACAUAAAACGUUACUAGGUGCUCCCCAAAAAUAUUACUGUCAGUAGUUGGCAAUCAGCAGGCAUACAUGUACUUCAGAGUUUUCACAGCGCGGUCACUCGACUUCAUUAAUGCCUACCACAACCUUAUAAGGUAGAGAUUACUGCCACCCUUCCACUUCCUGUUUUAGACUGCAGAGAGGACACUAAGAGGUUAAAUUUCUUGCCCAGCGCCAGCAGCAGCGAAACGUGACCAGUACCGGGUCUUCCGACUUCAAUUUCCGGGCCUUGGUGCGAGACAAUCUGUUGGGACCAGCGCCCACUUCGCUUCUCCACUUAAACUUGGAGAGGGCCUGGGACCGCGUCCCUUUCCGCGCCACCUGCAAAGACACACAAAGCCUCCACGGGAGCAGGGGAAUCCCAACUAUCUCUCCAGAGAGCCGGGAGGUAACCCUCAGGUGAUUGGCUGAGAUCGAUCAGCCAAUAAGCCCGCGAGGGGCUCAUACAGACCAAUCGCAGGCUUGAGGGGGCGGGCCGUCGCGCGCAGAGGCCUGAUUGAGCGCAGAAACCAUGUUCUCGCUGUGCAGGCGCGGCGGGAGAGGGACCGUGUUGCCCUCCACUAUGGUGUGCGGCGGCCAACCCGGCCUGGGGCCGUGCUGAGGACGGGCCGGGUGCCCGGGGAGAAAGCACCCGCGUGGGCAGCUGUAGUGGCCGAGGGCCCGCCGGCCGUCACCACGCGGCGCCCAGCCCUGGUGCUGCGCCGCGCGGGGCGCGCUCCUGGAGCCCUCAGGGGCCCCCGUGACCUGGGCCUCCGAGGCAGGCUCGCCUGGCGCUGCCUGUCAUUGCCCUGGGGCGUCACCUACGCAGAGCGCGUCUUCCCCGCUUCGUUCCUGACCUGAGGAGGACCCUCUGCGGCAUGUCGCCCGCGCUCCGGGAGCUGACGCCAUCCGGUAUGAAGAAAACCCUUCAGGAUGAGAUCGAAGCCAUUCUGCGGGAGAGGAUUAUGGUGCUGGAUGGAGGGAUGGGGACUAUGAUCCAGCGGCAUAAGCUAACUGAAGAAGACUUCCGAGGUCAAGAAUUUAAAGGUCAUGCCAGGCCCCUAAAAGGCAACAAUGACAUCUUAAGUAUAACUCAACCUGAUAUCAUUUACCAAAUCCAUAAGGAUUACUUGCUGGCUGGGGCAGAUAUCAUUGAAACAAAUACUUUCAGCAGCACUAAUAUUGCCCAAGCUGACUAUGGCCUCGAACACUUGGGAGUGUUUUCUCUCACCCACAAGCUCAAAAAACAAUGA